AUGUCUUCUCGUCUACAAACCCGGCUCAUCGCGAUUUUGGUGCUGGUGUUCUUGUUUAUAGGGUUCUUCACCAUCGACCAACGACCAAAAGAUCUGGGCCAGCGGUCGUCGUUUCUAAAUCUGAUCCAUGGCUUCUUUGAGGCGCUGCCCAAACUGGCCAAGAACGAGCCUCCUAAAAGUCCGGACCAGCUCGACUUCGAUAAGAACCUAGAGCUUCUAGAUGCCAGCGAAGACCCCUGUACGGUUAUGCACCCAACACAUGGGUUUAUCGACUUGAGACCGCUCUCGACGCACAAUGGCGGUCCACACCCAUGGAGUGCCAGUGGCCUCGACUCCGACCAGAAUUAUACGCUUGGAAUCUGUCUGGUUCCGUUUGCGAAAGAUGCGGGGCAGCUCGUGUUCAAGGAUGUUGAAGAUCCUUCAAAAGUGGGCGCCUUUUUCAUGGACCCUAUCACUAAGGAAUAUGUCCUGAUGGGACAGGUAUCGGAUAAACCGAAGUUCGUGGGCCGUAAGUUGAUGCUCACCUAUGAGGAUGGCUCGUUUUGUGACUCUAUUGUUUCUUCGAAGGGAGAGCGUCUUCGGAGAAGAACUAUUGUCACCUUUAAAUGUGACCACGAUAUGCUUCACAAGGCCAGUGUCUCCCACGUAGCCUCCGUGCACGGAUGCACAUACAUGUUUGAAGUUAGAUCGCAUUUUGUGUGUCCCACUGCCGCCAAAGCCGAUAAUCUUGCGGCCAUUUGGAUUUUCUUGUUUAUUCUCUUCGCCGCAGGCUUGGUCUUCUUCUCGGGAAGUUACGUCAUGAACUUCUUCAGGAAGAACACCAGCUACCGUAAAUAG